AUGUCAAGUGCAGUCAAGAUGAGCCUUUUAGAAGGGUACGGGUCCGUUUGCCAGAACCGGGCUCGAAUUUCCUUGGUGAAGUCUGGAUCAACGCUAAGCCACGAGUCUUUCUACGAACUUAGGCGGAGUAACAUGCGGAUACCAGUGACCCCUAUCGAACGCCUAACAAGAAGCACAAAGCUAGAUUUCAUCGCAGGGAUAUUCCUCUUAUUUGUCUGUGAUAUGUUACUAUUAAGCUUUACUUUUUAG